AUGGCAGCAGCUACUACUGCAGCUGCCCACUUGGCAGCCUCGGCCCUCACCACCACGCAGCGUCAGCUCGACCGCGUCUUCCCGCCCAAGGCUCGACAAGAGACAUACGCCCAAGCAGUGGAGCUAGCAACAACCCGACCACUCCUUUUCAGCUUCAUCCUCGCCCAAGCAACAAUAACACUAACCCCGAUCCUGCUCUUCCUGACCUUCACCCUCUCGACACUGGCCUUCGCCCUGGGCUGCGCGGCGCUGUUCACCCUCCUGUGGGCCGGGGUCGCCCUGCUGAUCCUGAUCCCGACCCUGUUCGUCGCGUCCGGGAUAGCCCUCUGCGUCUGGGCCUGGGGGGUGGCGACCUUUUUCGCGUGCCGCUGGACGCUGGCUGCGCUGCAGGGCUUGACUGCUCCUCCUCCUCCUGCUGCUGCUGCUGCUGGUGGUGCGGGAGAAGACGAGAAGCGACGCGAAUCGGCCUCGUCGUUUUCGUCUCCUCCUACGUCAUGGGCUAAGGUGGAGAAAGUUGAGGACAGCGACGGCAUGCGGAAGGAGUGA